AUGAUAGAGGAUUACGAUAAAUCAACUGAAUUGGUGACGGAUAGUCAUUUUUUCAAACAUGCCAUUAGAUGGGAUAGUUUGUUUUACAUGGAAAUUAUGGAAAAUGAUUACCGAUACUUCAAAAAUCAUGCCUUUGGAUAUGGAAUAGUUUUAUUAGGCAAACUGUUUUCAAACUCUUUAAUCUGCAUAUUGAUUUUAUAGAAAAUAUGCAAUGCUAUUUCCACAGAAUUAAUUUACAAGAUUAGUAUGCAUUACUCAAACAAUAAUCAUAAAUUCUCUUAAUUAUCAGCUUUAUUAUUUAUCUUUACUCCUGCAUCAGUAUUUUUUAAUUCACUCUAUACAGAAUCCUUUUUUGCAUUCCUGGUGUUAGUUGCAAUAUAUUUACAAAUAAAGCAAAAGACCUAUCUAAGUUCAAUCAUAUUUGCAUUAUCAAUUCAUCUAAGAUCGAAUGGGAUGUUCUUCAUUCUUUAUUCAGGAUAUCCAUAUCUAGUCAAGGCCAUAAUUCUGCUAAAAGAUAAGAAAUUCAAAUAAGUUGUCUCAACUGCUUUGGAGGCUAUUCCUAUUGCGCUGAUCUAUCUGGUCAGUAUCGGAGUUAUGUUAUAUUUGCCAUAUAAGAAUUACUGUUAAUAAAAUGAGAUGGAAUGGUGCAAAAGUAUAAUUCCAUAUGCAUACGGCUACAUAUAGAAAAACUUUUGGGAUGUGAGUUUCCUCUCAUCAUACAAGUUAAGGAAACUAUUCUUUAUAUAUUGGGGAAUACAGGGUAUUUUGAUUUAAGGAUUUUGGUUAUACAAAUGGAUGACUAAAUCAUGUACAAUUAAGAAUAAUAUUUAAGGAAUUUCAAUAAUAUUACCUACAAUCAUUUUAUUCAUAAUUACAACAUUUAUAGCGCAUGUAAAUUGCAGUACAAGAUUUUUCAGCACUCAGAUUCCGUUUUAUUGGUGUUUAGCAGAUCUUUUCUACAAAAAGGAUGGUAAAAUAAAUAAGUGGGUAUUAUUUUACAUAUUGGAAUUCAAUUUGGGAGGCUUGAUUCUUUUUACAAAUUAUCUGUUGUGGGCUUGA